CGUCGUUUCCUCGAUUUUCUUUUCUUUCUCACGCCAUUCUUCCUUUGUUCUCUUCGCUACCAUUUACUCUUCUCUCUCUCUCUCUCUCUCUCUCUCUCUCUCCUCUCUUCCCUUAAAUAAAUUCCCUCACAAAGAAAGAACCUUCUAGAUAUUACCAUACUUCUCCAACAACACUGUCUGUCCAAAAUCCUCUAUAUUAAUCUAACAAUCCUUUAACCGCUUUUUCUUUUUCUUUUUUCUUCUUCUUUUUUAUAUAACAAAAAAACUUAUAUAUUUAAUAGCGACGGCGAUGUCACCGCCGCCCGGAGAACAGAACGGUGAUGCGGCUAUGGUUGAAUCACAGAGAUCAAUACCGACGCCGUUUUUGACAAAGACUUAUCAGCUAGUAGAUGAUCCAGCAAUAGACGACGUAAUAUCAUGGAACGACGACGGAUCUACUUUCAUCGUUUGGAACCCUACGGUUUUCGCUAGAGAUUUGCUUCCUAAAUAUUUCAAGCACAACAACUUCUCCAGCUUUGUUCGUCAAUUAAAUACUUAUGGAUUUAGAAAGGUAGUACCUGAUCGAUGGGAGUUCUCUAACGAUUGUUUUAGAAGAGGUGAGAAAAGACUGCUAUGCGACAUACAACGAAGGAAAAUCAACGCGCAAUCGGCGGCGGCGGGGGUGCCGGUAGUACCGUCACCGCAACCGCAUAUGCAUGUGGCUGUAGCAGCUGCGAUUCCAGUGGCGAAACUGAUAAUAUCUCCCGCCAGUUCUGGUGAAGAACAAGUGAUUUCAACAAACUCUUCACCGUCAAGAUUAGGUGGCGGACCAGCGACAGAGCUUUUGGAUGAGAACGACAGAUUGAGAAAAGAGAACGUGCAUCUUUCUAAAGAAUUGAUAGAAAUGAAGAAUCUAUGUAACAAUAUAUUUUCUUUAGUUUCAAGUUACGCGGGUAAUCAGCCGCCAGAAAACGGAGGUUUCUCGGCGGUGAAGCCGCUGGAUUUGCUUUCUGUUAAGCAGUUAUCCGUUGAGGAGGAGGAGGAGACGAGUGCUAGGCUUUUUGGUGUAGCCAUUGGUGUUAAGAGAGGGAGGGAAGGCGAAGAUAGAGAGAAUGACACGCAGUUGCAGCUGCAACAACCAGGAGGUGGGAAUGCAGUGAAGAUAGAACCGGUUGAUUGUCAGAAUGAUGCAGUCAACGGUCAUAAUCAUGAUUAUGAUCAUGAUCAUGAUCAUGAUCAAGAAUCAACGUGGCUCAGAAAUGGGAGGGUUUGUAAUUUAUAGGAUUAGGAAUUUUCUACUGAAAAAGAAGAACGUAUUAAUUAAUUAAGUGUAGGUUUCUUUGUGGUGAUGGUAAUUAGGCAAGUAGUGUAUCAAAAAGAAAGAAUUUAAGAGUAAGGUUUCUUUGUAAUGAUGGUUACGCAAAAGUAGUGGAUCACAAAGAAAGAGAGUCACGUGCUAAAUGGGUCACGUGCUUUGUGAACCUUUUGGGACCGACUUCAAGAAGUUUCUUAAACCCUUUUUCUAUUUA